UGCUGGUGCAUUCUCGAUGCAGUCCGGUGUGAAUGAUGUGUCCUGGUCUGGAGCCGAUGAAAACCCGAACAUAUCAAUCAAAAACCAGACUGUCCGGGAGAAACCCGUACAGGUGGCAACCCUAGUGGGUGAUCCUAACAGAUUUCCUAAACCACCGGGAGAUCAUGUGAUCACAAGUGCCCAUGUGAUGAAAUUCUCUGUAUAAAUGGUCACAUGACUAAACAUCUUUAUAACCAACCCAGGUUCAGCUUUUUCUGGUGUGUGUCCCUCAGAACAUGACCCAUCCGUCAUAGUCAUUGCAGGUGAAAACUUUCCCAGUAUACGUCCAGACUGAAGAGUAAAACCUUCACCCAUCCUAUCCUUCACUCUUCAAGAACCAAAGUAGUAGACAUCUUAUGAACAUUACAGUUUAUUUAUCGUCAUUUAUUGAUCACAGAUCAACCACUGAAAUGUCACGAUGAAGAAGCGGCCGCCCCCCAACACAUCACCGGAUGGAUCCAGUAAUGGGAACCCACCAGAGAGAUGUCCCCGUCCUCUGUAUUGCCGGGACUCCACACAGGAACAUCAGGAGAUCCUUCAGGAGGAUCAGGAUACAAAUUUGACUAAUAUUAAGAUGGAAGAUAAAGAAGAGCCGUAUGUGAUGGGUGAUGAGACGUGUAAGGAGAAGGAAAUCCCUCCAGAGAUCAGCCCAGACCCCGGAGACACCAGAACCACUCAGAGAGACGUCAAAGCGUGGGAGAAGGAAGAAGAACGUGUGAGGAAUAAAGAGGAGGAGGAGCCUCUGGAGACUAGCAUGGGUGAACCUGGUAGCCAAAACUCCCCAGAGAGAUGUCCCGAUCCUUGGGAUUCCACACAAGAACAUCGAAGGAUCCCGCAGGAUAAUCAGGAUGAAAGUUUCAUCAAAGUAGAGGUAAAAGAAGAACCAGAAGAGCCAUCUGUGAGUGCAGAGGAGUCAUGUAGGGAGGAGGAAAUCCCUCCAGAGAUCGGCACAGAUGGACGAUACAGAAGAUACCACACGGGGAAAUAUCCAGUUUCCUUAGAUGGUGAAAUUGAAGAGGAUGACAUUACAGAAUCUUCUGAGGAGAACCUCACGACUUCAAAUCAUGGCAAGAGAAUUCCCGGACACUCAGAUCCUCACACAGCUCGUAGACGGGGUAAAACUUUCCCAUGUUCCGAAUGUGGUGAAUGUUUUACCCAGAAGGCAGACCUCACCUCACACCGGAGAAGCCACAAAAAUAAGACGAUCUUUCCAUGUUCCGAAUGUGGCGAAUGUUUUACCCAGAAGGCAGACCUCACCUCACACCGGAGAAGUCACAAAAAUAAGACGAUCUUUCCAUGUUCCGAAUGUGGCGAAUGUUUUACCCAGAAGGCAGACCUCACCUCACACCGGAGAAGCCACAAAAAUAAGACGAUCUUUCCAUGUUCCGAAUGUGGGAAAAGUUAUUCUCUGAAACAGCAACUCGUCCGACACAUGAAAAUCCACACCGGGGAGAAGCCGUUUUCCUGUUCGGAAUGCGGAAGAUGUUUUACUGAAAAAUGCAUACUUGUUAAACAUCAGAGAACUCACUCCGGGGAGAAGCCGUUUUCCUGUUCGGAAUGUGGGAAGUGUUUUCCGAGCAGACGAAAUCUUGUCUUACAUCAGAUGACCCACACGGGGGAAAAGCCGUUUUCUUGUUCAGAGUGCGGGAAGUGUUUUUACUACAAAUCAAAUCUUACUACACAUGAGAAAGUUCACACGCAAGUGAAGCCAUAUUCCUGCUCCGAAUGCGGCAAAUGUUUUUCCCACCGGUCGUCUCUUAUCGAUCAUGAAAAAGUUCACACGGGGGAAAAGCCGUAUACCUGUACGGAAUGCGGGAGAAGCUUUUCCCACAAAUCUUCUCUCAACACUCACGGAAAGGUUCACACGGGGGAGAAGCCGUAUCCGUGCUCUGAGUGCGGGAAGUGUUUCUCCCACAAAUCGUCUGUCAUCAAACACGAAAAACUCCACGGAGGGGAGAAGCCGUUUUCAUGCGCGGAGUGCGGGAAAUGUUUUUCCUUGAAGUCAAGUCUUGCGGAACACGAAAAACUGCACACGGGGCUGAAGCCGUAUUCGUGCUCCGAAUGCGGGAAAACGUUUUCCUUAAAAUCAAAUCUCACCAAACAUAAGAGAGUUCACACGGGGGAGAAGCCAUACUCUUGUUCUGAAUGUGGUAGACGGUUUUCGAAUAAGUCCUGCUUUAUAUCGCAUAUCAAUUCUCAUGGGGCAGAAUCUAUAGUUACAUAGGGUCAG